GCACGGCAGAGAGCGAGAGGGAGAGAGCGUCACAGAAGCUAUUCGUACUCGUCUAGAGCCGUCGCAUUACCCGCAGACUAAAUAGGGGCGAAUCGAGACUAGCUGGAACCUUUGCGGCGCCAUGUCGUACAUGAACCAACCGGGGAUCAUCCUCCUUCGAGAGGGGACUGAUUCUAGCCAGGGCAAGGCUCAGCUGGUGUCCAACAUCAACGCCUGCCAGGCGGUGAUGGACACGGUGAGGUCCACCCUGGGUCCCCGCGGAAUGGACAAGCUAAUCUUCGACGGCCAGAAGGUGACCAUCUCCAACGACGGUGCUACGAUCAUGAAGCUGCUGGACAUCGCACACCCCGCGGCGAAGACUCUGGUGGACAUCUCCAUGUCCCAGGACGCGGAGGUGGGUGACGGGACGACUUCGGUGGUGCUGCUAGCGGGAGAGAUUCUCAAGCACGUCAAGGGCUUCGUCGAAGACGGGCUACACCCCCAGGUCAUCUGCCGCGGGCUGCGGAAAGCGUGCGAGGUAGCCGUCGGCAGGCUGGACGCCGUGUCGGUCAAGCCCACGGACGACGCGCAGGCUAAGGACGUGCUGAUCAGGUGUGCGGGUACGGCUCUGAACUCGAAGCUCAUCUCCUCGCAGAAGGACCUGUUCGCACCUAUGGUGGUCGAGGCUGUCUCCAACCUGGACCAGCAGCUGUUGGACCUUAGCCUCAUCGGCGUGAAGAAGGUCGGCGGCGGCAGCGUAACCGACAGUUUCCUGGUGAAGGGGGUCGCGUUCAAGAAGACCUUCAGCUACGCCGGCUUUGAGCAGCAGCCCAAGAGCUUUGACAACCCGGGCGUGUUGCUGCUUAACGUCGAGCUCGAGCUCAAGAGCGAGAAGGAAUCGGCGGAGGUGCGCAUCUCCGAUCCAGACAUGUACCAGGAGAUUGUGGAUGCAGAAUGGAACAUCAUCUACGACAAACUCGAGAAGUGCGUGGCGAGCGGGGCGAAGAUCAUCCUCUCCAAGCUACCGGUGGGAGACUUGGCCACGCAGUUCUUCGCGGACCGCAACCUGUUCUGUGCCGGCCGCGUGGCGCAGGACGACAUGGAGAGGGUGGCUAAGGCAACGGGAGGAAAGGUGCAGACGUCCAUCCACGGGAUCACGGCCGAUGUGGUUGGACACUGCGAGAGGUUCGAGGAGACGCAGCUAGGAAACGAACGGUGGAACCUGUUCACCGGCUGCCCCGAGGCGCGAACGGCAACCAUAGUCCUCAGGGGUGGCUCGGAGCAGUUCAUGGAGGAGUCUCACAGAAGCAUCCACGACUCGCUCAUGAUCGUCAAGCGCUGCCUCAAGAACCGCGAGGUCGUGGCCGGAGGGGGUGCCAUCGAGAUGGAGCUUUCCAAGGCUCUCCGCGACCACUCCAAGACCAUCAAGGGGAAGCAGCAGCUAAUCAUGAGCUCUUACGCGAAGGCGUUGGAGAUCAUCCCCAGGCAGCUGGCGGACAAUGCCGGGUUUGACGCGACGGACUUGUUGAACCGUCUCCGACAGAAGCACGCCAGGGGUGGCGACGCGGGCAAGUGGUUCGGAGUCGACGUCGACACGGAGGGUGUGUGCGACACCUUCGAGUCUGGCGUGUGGGAGCCGACGAUCAACAAGCGAAACUCGCUGCGGUCGGCAACGGAGGCCGCUUGCCUUAUCCUGUCCAUCGACGAAACCGUCAAGAACCCUCAGAGCGAAAAGCAGGGGGCUCCGAGCCAGGGCGUUGGGCUGGGCCGGGGAGGCCCGAUCAGCGCAGGGAUGGGGGGACAGGGGAUGGCGGGAAUGAUGGGAGGUGGGGGGCGCGGGCAGAGGCCCGGAGUAAAGAUGAUGAAGGGCAGGGGAGGCGCGUAACUGGCGUGCUUCCCUAGAAGCAGCAGGGAGGGCGAUCAUGUAGUCUCUCGUUUGGGGUGGCGGCGGCACACGGUGGUAACGACGGCAGAGUCGGGGAAGUAUUGGGGCGUAGACUUGAAACCUCCGCGUUUCUUUCACUACUUCAGGGGUAUUCGUUGUUGAAGGCGGUUCGGACUAUAGUUUUAACGGCCUGGGGUGGACUUCGGUCGAUCAUCGCGUCACCGUUUUCGUUUGGGCUUAAUGUUGGGUAUCACGGCCCUUUUUUUCGGUGUACGUUUCUUUCGUGUUUUGGGCUUCAGGCACCUCUUGAGUGUGUGGGCUAAGAGUUCACUCAUUUCUUGACGUCUUUUUCCUUGAGGCAAUACUGCUGCGGACCACCCUCAACGGGUACCAGGCUGAGUGGUGUAAGUUGGCGUCGGACAGCGCGGUUGGAAUUGUUGGUGGCGCUCGUGCCUUCCUGCAAGCAAUCUUGGGUCAAGUCGGCGGGAAAAGAAGCGAACAGCGCAACUCGCUUUCAUUGAAUCGACCGCACCGACGGUGAGAAUGAAGUUCGACUUCGCAUUUGCCGGUGGUGUGGAGGAAGAACACAAGGCCAUUUUCUGUCGUUCUUGAAUGGUAAACAUCAUGUAUCUAUACCCGCAGAUAGUUUCCAGCGGCGUUGCAUCUGUACCUACGCAAGCUAAUCGACAGAUUUUCGAUUG